UUCACUGUUGAUAUAGAGGUUGCCUUGGGCUAUUAUUCGACGGCACGGUGUCUGAAAAACGUGAAAACGCUUAUUUAAAAACGGGGCAAGGGGUAGCAGCGUAAUGAUAUGUUAUAUGCUGCGAAACGGCUAUUUUGGGGUUGUAUUCUAUUAUCAGCAUGCAUUACUUUCGUGUAUCGUGUACCAAAAUCAACCGGCAGAGUAGUGCGAACAAUAAUACGAAGUAGUAUGAAUAAAAAUGUACCAGACUAUAGCAAAAUGAAGGGAAGCACGACUAGAACUGGAUCCGUGUGGCCGAAGCCUCAAAGUAUGGUUUCAAAUUCCAAGAUGUAUGUUCUAUCGUCUUCGAAAUUCAAGUUUGAAUACACUUUGAGUUCAUUGAGAUGUGACGAUGUUGACGAAACUAUGAAACGAUACAUGAAGAUAAUAUUCGGAAAUACAACCAGGGAAAUUAAUACAUGGAGCAGGAAUUCAGCAUUGGAAAUCUUGUAUAUUCAUCUGUCGUAUGAUUGUGAAGAUUAUCCAACAAUAAAAUCUUCAGAAAGAUAUGUACUUUCGGUACAGGACACAGCGAUGCUUAUUGCUGACACCCAGUGGGGAGUCAUGCGAGGAUUGGAAACGUUUAGUCAACUUGUCCAUAUUAACGAAGAUAAUGAGAUUGCAGUAAACGCAUGUGCAAUUGAAGACUAUCCUAGAUUUCAAUAUCGAGGUCUCAUGUUAGAUACAGCCCGACAUUUCAUUCCAACUGAAACAAUUCUUCAAACAUUAGAAAUCAUGUCGUACAACAAGUUAAACGUAUUGCACUGGCAUAUCACCGACCACCAGUCAUUUCCGCUCGAGUUCAAAAGAUUUCCAGAAAUAGCAAGACACGGUGCAUUUGACAACGGAAAAUCUGUUUAUAGAGAGGAAGACGUUAAAAGAAUCGUUGAAUUCGCAAGGUUACGGGGAAUCAGGGUCAUCCCGGAAAUUGAUCUACCGGGUCACGCCUCCGCAUUAGCAAAAUCUCGACCGGACCUUUUUCUGAAUUGUUACUCCGUUACAAAUGGAGUUCGGGACGACUCUAAGGGAACACUCGACCCUUUGAACCCGGAAGUUUAUACGUUUAUAGGAGCACUUUACUCUGAACUUAAAAACUUGUUUCCGGAUGAAUACAUACACAUAGGAGGAGAUGAAAUAUCUCACGAAUGUUGGCUUACUAGUUCUGAAUUUCGUAAAUAUAUGUCAAAGAGUCGAACAACCGAAAAAGAAAUUCAUCGAAUGUUUAUUGAAGGCAUUUUACAAGAAGCAAGGAAAUUAAACCUGAAACCUAUUGCAUGGGAUGAUGUGUUUUCUCAUGGAUACACGGAAACUCCCGCAACAAUUGAGGUUUGGACAGUGGAUCAUCCGGAGGAUAAAGUAGGAGAUUUAACCGAUGCAUCAGUAGAUGUAAUCGUUUCUUAUCCAUGGUAUCUCGAUAACACACUGAAGCGACAGUGGGAUAUUAUGUACUUGGCUAAACCUGCGGAAUACGUCGAACAGAAGAAUCUCCAUCAUGUCUUGGGAGGGGAGUCUUGCAUGUGGACAGAGCAUGUUGAAGCGAACAACGUCAUCACCGAAAUCUGGCCUUUAGCUUCAGCUGCAGCUGAGAGAUUAUGGAGCAGUAAAAAAACGACAGAUUUAAUUGACGCUGAGACACGCUUGAAUAAUCUUCAUUGCGUAAUGAAAUGUCGAAACGUUCACAUCACACCAAUACUACCUGGUGUAUGUAACAUCGGUUGAUGGACGAAGAAAUCAUAAUAAAAAUAGCAAGACUCGUACAAAAUCCGAUUCCCAGCUUGGAUUGACAGAAUUAUGACUCCGUCUCUCCAAGUUGAUAAACAUUUGAAGUCGACUCCAGUACCGCGACCUUGCACUGUGAGCUAUAACUUGUACAUUCUCGAGUUUGGGAGCAAUACAACUUAUCAUUUGAUAAUGUCAUAGACUCAUAACGUUGCACCGCGUGUUAUUUUUUAGUAAAUUUACAAUAAAAAUAUCCGAACUAAUAUUAUUUUUCAAUCCAAUAAUUCAGACUGAACAUAAUUAUUGUUUAAUAUGGGAGUUCCUUUUUUGCAUUUGAUUUUCAUAAUACUAUACACCUGAAAUAUAUUUUUGGUGUAACUGGGACUGUCAUUGCUGUUAUAUAGUUUCAUCUAACUUUUCUGUAGUUUGUGUGUUUUUUGUUGCACAAAAUUCAUUUAAACCAAUGAAAUAAAUAACCUCCAACGGGCAGGAAUUUUUUCUGUAAUGCAAACAUUUUCUCUUAAAUCCUAAUUAAAUUGAACAAUAUUAUUUGUGGAACAGUGCAAGUUAUUGGACACUAAGUGUACAUAUGGGUUGUCUCGUUAUUAUGUUGUUGUUCUUGUUGGUAUUUUUCUUCCUAUUGUUAUGAAAAACUCUUUUCUCAUUAUCUACUCGCUACUGGACCAAUUGCUUUGAAAUAUUCAGUGGUUAAAGAUUGUUUUUUUCCUUAGAAGGCUAUUACUUUUAUUUAUUUCAAAAAAUUUCUGUGGGCUCUAUGGGAUACGUUUUUGUGUGUGCGAUGACGUCAUCGAAAAUUGCGCAAUCGUGAAGGCUGCGGUACCGGCAGUCUACUGUGACCGAUUGCAUACCAGUACUACUUCGUUUUGUCUUCGUGUCCAAAUAAUCGAAUAUCGCUCUCUUUUAUUCAAUAUGUUUCCUUAAGCCUUCAUUUUUCAAUUUACCU